CUCUACGCUUGUCCUGCCGCGUGGUAUCCCAGCUCAUUGAUUCACACCUGCUGCUCCACCUCAACCUGACACUCACCGUACCUUGGAUUCUCACCCAUUAUCGCUCUGGCGACUUAGCCGUGCUGGCUCGGCGCUUCAAAAACCUUCAGGCGCUCUUCCUCCGGCCCGAUAGUGCGACGGACUUCCAGAAGCGCGUCGAUGCGGAAACGUGCCUAUGUGUUCUUACCCCCUGGCCUUCCUCCCUUCGAGCAUUUCACCUCUCCGGCUGGCCGCUGCCGUACCAGCUGCGGUUUUGCUGCAGCCUGCCGUACUGGGCCCCAGCGCUAACGACGCUGGUGCUGGAAGGUCCAGCCCCAGGAGCCCACGAGGGUGCGGCCUUGGCGGAGCUGCCAUCGCUCCGACGGCUAGCGGUGCGGUUCGGACCUUUGUACGGACUGAAGCUGCCGUACACGUGCCCCUACUUGGGUGCGCUGACGCAGCUGACGGCGCUGCAGCUGGCGGGUGCAGUGCCAAAUCAGGCAACAGUAUCCUCGUUGUCGCCCCUCACCGGCCUGCGACACCUGCACCUUGAGCUGCUGCAUGAUGGGUACGAUAAGGGUAUGCAGGUCCUCGAUCUCCGAGGGCACAGCUGCCUGAGCAGCUUAGUGCUCCCGAUACGCCGGGUGCUUCAGUGCCUUCCAGCCUCCCUGGAGUCUCUGGCAGUGGACCUGCCGUGGUGGGGACCCGGGGCGGUGGCGCCGCCACCGCCACCGCCGCCGUCAGCGGCGCUGGCGGUAGCAGCAGCAGCAGCAGCAGCAGCUGGGAGUUUCCAACCGGCGAUACGCUUUCUCGCCUGUCCUCCGAACCUGGUCUCUUGCCUGUUGGGUCUUGGAAUCGACAUGGCGUCCCUGGUCGGUCUGCGCCUCUGUGCCGUACCUUCGGUAACUGCUAGCAACGGUUGCUGCUGCGGAGGAGGAGGAGUGCAGCCGUUGGCCCCUCUGCGCCGCCCGCUGCUUCAAUGGGUCGUUCCAGCCCCUGCGCCGCCGCCAGUACGGCUGAAAGCCGCACCGGCGGUGCUGAUGGCACUGACGGCGCUAUUCCCGCAGCGCGACUUGGCGCCAGCAGCUCUCGCCGCCUCAUUAGCCUCGGCCGCCGGUGACGCGGUCCGCCAUCUGGCACUCUUUGACCUUGACCUGUCAUACUCCUCGCAUCUUAAACGCGACCCGUGCAGCUACCAGUCGUACGAAGCGGAGUCCCUCGCCGCUGCCACCGCGGCGGCCCGACUCGUGCAAGGUCCUGUGCAUCUGCCCUCCGUUGAAACAGCUCCCCUGCCACGCGAGUUCAGUUGUGCUGCCCCGACUGACGGUGAAAGUAGCAAGGAGGAGGAGGAGGAGGGGGAGGAGGGGGGAGAGGAGGAGGGGGAGUUCCCUGGAGCCACGAUAGCGGCCAGCGCGGCUGCUGCCGCUGGCGCUGGUGGCCGCACUAUGGCGGAAAGCAGCCAGGCUGACCCUCGUGCAGCCGCCAUUAGCUCCUUGAGAGGGGACCCCCGGAGUGAGCUGGAGCUCUUCCCGAUGGCGCCAGUCACUUCCAUGGCCGCUGCCGCCACCUCAUUGCGGUUUGUGGCGGCGUGCUGCCGCCUGCGGCAGCUGCGCAGCCUCACGUUGCAGCCUGUACGCAACCUGCUGUGCGCGUUGCGCCUGCUGGCCGGCCAUCCCACGCUGCGUGUGCUGUGCCUGCUGUGCGUGGAGGAGGACGGCGCGCACGCCACUGAUCGGCCGCUGCUGCCACGCCUACGGGCGCUGGUGCUGGCCUUGGGUGGUAAUGGCGGCGGCGACCCGUGGGUCAGUCGUGGCCGUAUCGGUGGUGGCGGCGGCGUGGAAGCGACAGCACUUGGUGAAGGUGACGGCGGCCGCGACAACGACCCGCGGAUCAGUGGUGGCAGCGUUGAUAGCGGCGUCAUGGAGAAGGGUCCGUUGCUCAGCGACCCAUGGGUCGGCGAUCGCGCCCGCAGCAAGCCAGAGGUGGCGAUCGCGGCGGCGCCAGCUGCAGCGAGCAGGGCUCCCUCUGGUCGUCAAGGGGGAGAGGGGCCCUGGUUGGGCUCGCGUGGGGUGGUGGUGGUGGUGCCGCAAUUGGCGGCAUGGGAGGUGGAGGAGGUUACUUUUACAGAACUAGCCUUUGCCGAUACGUCGUCGCUUACUUUGGGCUAUCAUGCGCGCAUGACCGCUCAAUUGCAGACGUUUGCAGCAUCUGUCCUCGGCCUGGAGCUUGAUUACGUCACGCCUGACAUCCAAGGACUAAGCGGAUGGGUCGCGGGUGCCCGUCCAUCUACGACGCACCCUGUGAUUGCACAUUUCCGGGCCCCGCGGGAUUCCGAAAAUGCCGCACCCAUCCUCGCUGCGCUGCAGCCACGGAGUCUGCCUCCCGAGCACAACGAAUAUGUAUCCCUGGCGCAGUACUUGCAUGAAAUUCCCGCUGAGCUUCUCGCAGACGACACUGCGCCCAGGAGCGCACACUCGCGCGCACCCUCCCAUCGGCACACCACCAGCGCAGCUGCAGCAACCCCUCCGCCUGCGCCUUCCGCCUGCACCACCUGCCAUGCACUACCUGCAUACAAUCCCAGUCAUCCCAACCUAGCAGUUCUAUAUGACGUCAUACAGGACCGCGCAGCGCUGGUCACUACCAGAGCAGCGCCAGAAACACUUCAGGAAACAGCAGACAACGAAUCCGCCACGGCCACCGCUUCGCCAUUGCCGCCGCCAGCGCCUGAGCCACCACCUCUGCGGUUAGCACCAACACAGCCACUGCCGUUGGGUGUCGCCACCGUGGGUGCAUCCUGGUACCCGGGCUGUAGCCUGGCGGACUGCCUCCGCUUCCCAGCGGCAGCCGCCAGCUGCGGUCUGCUGCCUGGCGGGGGUGGCAGAGUGGGUGGGGGUGGGGGUGGCAGCAGCGGGGGUCCACCGGGAGGUGAUCAGCACCUCCGCUUUCUGCUGCUACAGCUGGUGGCGGCUGUGUGUCAUCUGCACAGCCAUGGCUACGACCUAGGGGGCGGUGGCGGCAUCACCACCGCCACAGUGCUGCUGCAGCCCGGCGGCUGGCUGCAGCUACUGCCGCCGCCAAUGCCGCCGCAACCGCUAUCGCAGCAGCAGCAGCCACAGCAGCAAUCUAUCGGGAAGCAGCAACAGCAGGUGGCUGCGCCGCCGCCGAUACCGCUGCUUCCGGCAUGCCUGCGACGCCCCUUACCAACUUUGCCGGCGUUGACCCGUGCCUGGCAGCACCACGCGCUGUCGACGCUGGACUACCUGAUGCUCGUCAACCUCUUGGCGGGGCGCCGACUGGGCGAUCGGACCUUUCAUCCCUUUGUUCCCUGGGUUACGGACUUCUCAGUGCCGCCGCAAGAGAUGCUGGCGGCGGCCGCCGCCGCUAUUGGCGGGAGCGGUUGGAGCUGCGGCGGUAGCAGUCGUGGCGGCAGCGGUAGCGGUGGGGCCAGCGGCGGAGGUGCCAGCGGCGGCGGCGGCGGGGGCUGGCAUGACCUGACGAGGUCGCGAUACCGGCAGGCGAAGGGGGAUCUGCAGCUAGAUGUCACAUUUUCAUCUUCCGAAGUGCCGCACCACAUACCGCAGGAGCCGCUGUCGGAGUUAAGCUUUUGCAUAUACAUGGCACGUGUCACGCCGCGUGCCGUACUACAGCGUGCCGUACGGUCCCACUUUGAGCCUCGGGAGUACCCUCCCUCCCUGGAGACUAUGUUGGCACGUACUCCGGACGAGUGCCUGCCGCAGCUGUACACGGACCCGGGGAUCUUCAGCUCCAUCCACCCGGAGCUACCUGACCUGCAGCUGCCCGAGUGGGCCAGCAGCCCGCAGGAGUUCAUACGUUGGCACAGGGCCCUGUUGGAAUCCGACCACGUCUCCCGUCACCUGCACCACUGGCUGGACCUCUUCUUCGGAUACAAGCUGGUGGGGGCCGCAGCAGUGGCGGCGAAAAACGUGUACCUCACCAACACUCAGCCGCAGACCGCUGCAGCGGCGGGGCCAGCAGCAGCAGCAGCCUCAGGCCCAGCCGCUGCCGCCAUGGCCUGGUCCACGGCAGUGGCGGAGGGCUCCGCAGCUUCGUCGUUGCUUCCCUACGCACCCGUGGGCAUGCACCCGCCGCUGUUCCUGUCGCCGCAUCCGCCGCGGCUGCCAUCCCCCCACCCUCCGGCGCCCGCCGCAGCCGCCGGUCCUGCCGCCGCCAGAACCGGGACCUGCGGUGGAGGUGGAGGCGGAAGCGUAUCCACGCACAGGCAUCAUCGCCGCGGGAGAUUGCCAAGCGGGGAUUUAGUCCAUAGUACUGGCAAUGCCGGUGGAGGCUGUCGUGUUGGGUUUGGCUCGGGUGCGGGCGCAGCUGAAGGUGGUGGUGGUGGUGGUGGCUCCAUUGUCUCCGGCAUAGGCGCCGUGUUGUGCCAGCUUGACAGCUUGGAGCUUUUGGGUGCGGUGGCCGCCAGGGAGGGUGGACUGGGGCUGCAUGAAGACUACUUUGCCCCGCUGAUGAAACCGCUACCGCUGCCGCGGCGGCGGCCGGAACCGGCAUCUCCCGCGGCAGCAGCUGCCCAUGAUUUAGGGGCAUGUAUGGAGCUGGGCUUUGAGGAGGAGCCCGAGGAGGCGGAAGAAGGGGAGGAAGAGGGCCUUACGAAAGGGUUGGUGGGGUCGGCGGCGGCUGUCGGCGGCAACACCACGGCCUCAGCGGCAGGCGGGCGAACCUGGGGACAGCAGGGGGGUAUGGCGGAGGAGUCGGUGCUGGCGCGGAAGCGACAGGAUUGCUGGGCGAUUGGUCAGGUGGCUGUGCAGCUGUACCUCGGGCGGUGCUGCUACGGCCCGCAGCAGCAUGCGGGGUACUGGCUUCGACUGGCGGACGGACUGCCCGCUGCGGCGAAGCGCUUUGUGCGGCUCUGCUUCGAUCCGCUGACCACCUCGGAGCGCCUCCUCAGCGACCCUUUCUUCAGCCCCGCGUUGCAUGCAGCACACGAAUUGCUGUGUACGACGCUGUACGACGGCAAAGCUGCGGCAGCAUUCAAUAGUACACCAGCAUCGCUUCCGCCGCCUCCGCUGUUGCGAGUACCAGAGCGACUCAGCGCUCUGGCAGCGGUUGCGACCGUUGGAACACGGUUGCGUCCGGUCUUGGACCUUUGCCUGCCACAUAUCAUACAUCUGCUGUGGCAAGCCGCCGCCGUCUGCAACUCUCUGGGGCACGGCCCCGCUGCUGUCGGCGGUGGCGGCGGCAGCGGCUGUAGCACGAAUGCGAAUGGUUACGGUGCCGUCGCGGCGUGUUUCCCGCAGCCACCUGCUGCUACAGCCACGGCAGCAGCCACAUCCACAGUGACGGGAGAGCCAACCCUGGCCACCGAGGUGAGCAGCUGUGUGUACGACAUCCUGAUGGCGCUGCUGGGCCUGCUACCUCCAGAUAAGGUUGCGGCGCACGUGUUGCCGUACGUGUGCGCAUGCCUGGCGUCCUUUAUUGAGCAGCCGCUGGAUGGCGGCGGCGGCGGUGUUGGAGGCCCGCGGCAGCGGCGGCGGCAACUUGCCCUACAGCACCGGUUGUUGUCGGCCUCGCUACAGACGCAGCUCCUGGGAGGAUCGGAUUUGGAGUUAUACAUGCAGCACGUUCUGCCGUUCCUGCUGGCGGCGCUGCUGUGCGGCGAGGAAGGCUCGUCAUCGGGGACAACGGCAGCGGCAGCGGAUAGCGCCGCGGCCGCGUCCGGGCCGCCCAGCGGCAGCAGCGGUGGCGAUGCCGCUGUUGGCGGUGUUGCGCGCGCCCUGGCCGUUUCCACCAUCAGCGACGCCGCCGCCGCGGCGGUGGUUGCGCUGGCGGCGCGGCUUCCGCUUCCGCUGGUCUUAGAACGUAUUGUAAGCCCUCUGCUAUCGUACAUGACGUUUGGUACGAGCGUACCGCGUCUGCUAGCGCAGCUGUGUGCGGAGAUGGGCGGUCAGCUAACGGCGCGCCAUGUGGCGCCUGCGCUGCUGCAACUUGCUGUCGUACCAGCGCCGCCUCCGCCGCCGCCACAGUCCGUCGCGCCGAGUCGUGGGGUGGGUCGCGGCAGCAGGUCGCAGCAGAGCUACUCGUCAUUGAGAGCUUCGGGCGGCACAAAAAGCGAAUUCACUUCAGCAUCCGCCUCUAGCGCCGCCGCCGCCGGCACCUCAGAGUCGGCAGCGACAGUGCCGCCGUCACCGCCUCCGACAGAGCCGUGGCUUCAGCACCAGAUCUACACUUCUCUGUCCGUACUUACUGCUGUUAUGGACCUGCUCCCGAGGGAAUACAUCCCGCGGGUUUUCCUCCAUGGGCUUGCACCUUCGUGGGUCCUGGGGCCAGCCUCACCGUCGACCCACGGGUCACCCGCCGCCAGCCCGGGUGUGGCGGAUGCUGCCCCUCUACCGCCGCCGCCGCUGAACCCGAUGUCCGCUGCCGCCAGUCCCCGUACGUCCAUCACCGCCGCCGCGGACGGCGUUCCGUCGCUGGUGAACUGCUUCCUGUAUCCGUUGUCGUACCGUGUAGCGCCGGGGUCGCUGACAAUGCUGGCGGGCCUUGCACUACGGGCCUUUGCCCGCCUGGCCCGGCCUGAGAACGUGGCCUGGGUCGUACUCCCGCACCUCACGCCUCUGCUCUCCUACGCGUCGGCGGCUCGCCGUGCCUCCUAUCGAGCUAACGGUACAACGCGGUACUGGGGGGGAUCUGACGUUGCACACAUCCACGACCAGGGUCUGCCGGCGGUGGCGAUGGCGCAGUACGGCGGCAGCGCGGGCGCGGCGGCAGCCGCUGCUGCCGCCGCCGCCAUCGCCAGCCAGGGGAACGGUUCCAACGCAAGCUGGACGCUGCACCGCAGUCGAUCUUCACCGAGCGGCGAAGGCGUCGGCGGCGUGGCAGGCGGUGGAAUUGGGAGCGGGGGAUCCACAGCGGCCGCGGCGCAGGGCGCGUGUGAUGAUGAGGACGGAUACUGGGAACUGGUACACUGCGUGUACGGGCACCUGGUGGAUUCAUCUGGCUUGCUGACGGUUCGGAACUUGCUUCCCGGCUGGCAGAUUGUGGAGGCGGGGCUGUCGAGGCGCCUGGGGUGGUCUCCGGCCGCCGCGGGGCUGUGGGGCGUUGGCGGCCUUGACAGCGGCCUAGGUGGCAGCAGCACCGCUGCGGGUAGCGCCGGUAGCGCGGAGUCGGCAGCGGGAUCUUGCGGUGAGACGACAGCAGGGACGGCAGAAGGGGGCGGCGGCGGCGGCGGCGGCGGCGGUGCUGCCGCCGCUGGCAGCGGUGGUGGCGGCGGCGGCAGCUCGCGUCGGAGCGCUCUGUCUGCUCUGGAGAUGCAAGUACGGCAGGAAAUUGCAAGCAAGCAGCAGCGCCUGGCGGCAAUCCACGGCACCCACUUGUUCAUCAAGGAGGUCGGCUGGUCAGCGCCGACAUCCCUGGCGACGGCGGUGCCGCCACGGUCCUCGCCCAAGGAUGUGCCGUACGCGGUUAACGGCGGUAUUGGUGGGGGACAGGGGGCGUUGUCUGCCGCCGGCGGAGCCGGCGGCGGCAGCACCGCCGCCGCCGCCGUGGGUGGCGGCGGCUAUCACUUUGCACUUGGUGGCGGGUACGGCUUCGGGCCCCACGGAGUGGGACGCGAUGUCUGCGGCCCUGAGGAGGGGUUUGUGUGGCCGCAGCUCUUAGCGAUAGGGUCGCCGACGGUGGUUGAAGGCUUGGCUGUUCAAGGCGGCGGCGCCGCCGCUGGUAUGGGCGUCACUGGAGGCAGCGGAACCGGUGGUGCACUACUGGGCCGUCAGGCUAGCCUGGGCGGCGCGUUGGUGUCAAUAACGCCCAACGGCGCUCGCCGUACUGGCAGUGGAGGUAGUGGCGGCGGCGCAGCAGGUAGCGGCGGCGGCCGCAACACCACUGUCCCUUUGGGGACGGUUGCGGCGGCGGGCGCGCGGGCAGCUAGAGGGCCCGGCAUAGGGAAGGAGGCGGCAGCGCCCAGGCGUGAAGUCGAUUCGCGAACGCAUGGCGUGGGCCCCUCCUCCUCCUCCUCCCCGGCCGUCUCCUCUUGCGGCGGUGGUGGAAGGGGACGCUCUGCACGGGUCGAUGAUUUGGGUACGGCGGCUGAGCAGGAGCAGGCCAAGGCGGCGGGCCCUGCAGGGCAGCAUGUGGGGGAGGCAGCAGCAGCAGCUGUAGACUCGCUGUCGAUUGCGAAGUCCGACAGCAGCAACACCACAGCCUCAAACUUUUUGCGCCGUCGAAGCGAUCGGGAUUCGACUCCCAUACAGGACGCAUUUUCUGAAGGAGAUGAUCUUGCCGCUGCGUCUGUUGUGGCGCCGGUUGGAGCUCCCGCCACUCCCACCUCCACGGCAACCACCUCCAGUGUCAACGCGCCUGGCAAGGAGAUGAAGCAAUCAUGCGAUAGUGGAAGUGCUGUGACGUCGCCUGUGACGGCGUUGACGCGGCAUGCUGGAAGCGUUGUUGCGAGCGGCCAUUCAUCGGCGGCCGUGGAAGCGAUGGCAGAAGGUUCGAAGCCUCAGCUGCUGCCGCCGCCGCCGGCUGUUGCCGUUGUGGCCGACACGGAGGUGGUUUCGGGACGGGAAGGCGAAGGCCCACGGGAGUCGCCGUCAACGGGAGCCGUACCAGCUCGCACUGGCCGUGUCAGCAACGUCAAGCGGCCGCCCGUACAAACUGAACUGAUGACGGCUUCUUCAGAUUCACCGCUGUACCCGCCACCAGCAACGGAACGAAGUCCAGAGGAACUAUCACCUCCGCCGCAGCCGCAGCCGCCACCACCUUUACAGCUAGGCAGGCUGGCAGGAGUCGACGGCAGCGGUUCAGCCGUUGAGGUGCUAGGGGCAACGGCGACCGCGGCGGCGGCGGCACUGCCGCCGUCGCCUUUUCCAUCCUCGGCAGCACCAGAUGUCUUGACCGCGCCGCCGCCGUCGCCGCCAGUGGAACCGUUGCCGCCGCCGCCGCCGCCAGCCCAGCAUCACCUGGGCUCCGGCACCUCAACUGCAUCGCCGCAGCAGCCUCCGCUGGCGUCAGAAGCGGGUUGUUCCGCAGCGGGCCGGUCUGCCGGCCGUCGCGGCAAUGGCGCCGCCGCCGGACACUCCCUAUCGCCUCUACUCAUACCGCCACCCGUUGUGUCCGACAGCCAGGUUCCGGAUACUGGGAGUCAGCGGUGGCACUGGCUGCCGCCGCUCACCUCCGCGGCGAAUGCCGUACAUACUGCCGCUGCUGCGGCGGCAUGUGGUGCGUCCAGCGGUAGUAGCUGCCGCGCUGGAUCGCGCGCACGGCUGCUGGCGGCAGCGGCCGCGCCUCCGGCUGCUGGCGAUGUAUGGAGCUUGCAAGCAGCUGUCGUACACUCGUGGCCGGCACAUCGAGAUCGCAUUCGAGCUCUUGCGGCGCAUCCAGGCGAAUGUGCCGUACUGACGGCGGGGCGAGGGAUGGUGGCGGGACGUGAGGGGCCCGUCGUCCGCGUAUGGUCGCUGGCUGACUGCCAGGCACGUGUACAGUACGGUGGUCAUCGUGCUGCCGUACACGCGUUACUGCUGAUCCGCGCGGCGCGCGCCGGUGGUGCUGUAGUCGCGUCGCUUGACGCAGCUGCGCAGUUGCAUGUGUGGGCGUACGACACUGGGCAGCAAUUGGCCUGCUUUGCGCCCGUGGGGGGAACUGGCGCCGGCGGAGGACUUGCCAGCGGAGGCGGCGGAGGCGUUGGCAAUGCCGCCGGUAGCGGCAGCGCGGCCGCCGCCGCCGUUGGCGAAACGCCUGUUCCGUCGGACUCCUCGCCGGAGGUUUCCUUGAGCAGCAGCGCUUGGGGCGAACUCAUUGACAGGUCUGGCCAUUACUACAUGUCCAGCCAGGGUUUAGAGCCCCGAGGUUGGCAGUCCCUGGGGGGCCUGAAAACUAGUCGCCAAUUGUCGGCAUCAGCGGUGGCGGCGGCGGCGGCGACAGAGGCCUCGUCCGGACCCGGGGCGGGGGCCGGCAGCGGCGGCGGCAGCGGCGGCGGUAUCCAGGGACUGUCGAGCGGUGCGGCGACACAGCUGGGUGCUGUACCAGCGGCCACUGCGUCGCCGCCGACGCCGGGGUUGGCAGCCACUGCGGUGACGGCAGGGCAGGCUGGGGCGGGAGCGCUGCGUCUGGGCUUCACCACUAUGUGCUGCGCGCCGGAGGAGCACCGGGUGCUCUAUGCAGGGACCGCCGAUGCCAGAGUGUGCGCCCUUGACUUGGAAUGCCGUCGGGUGGUGGCCGAGUGGCUUGCGGCGCCGGCAAUACGACAUGACAGCGAGGAUGCCGUCACCGCUCUGUGUACGCCUGGCGGCGGCGCCGACACCGCGGCGGCAACCUUCGGCGCCGGAUGGCCGGCGGCGCAUCCAGAGGUGGUGGCGGCGGGCUCACGGGCCGGCCGAGUGGUGGUCCUGGACCGCCGCUGCGGUACGGCAGCCGCGGCUUUCCGUGCCCACGGCGGCGAGGUGACGUCUCUCGCCUCCAGCGGCGACUUCACGUUGAUCACGGCGGGGGCCGACAAGCAGCUGCGGCUGUGGGAUCUGCGGCGUUGCGCAGCAUUGGGCAGCGGCGGCGGGGGCGGCAGCGCUGGUGCGUCUACAUGGACUACAUGCACUACCGGCUCGGGGUACGACAGUCGUACGGGUCCUUGGUCAGGAUGGCAGGGCCCGCGGGGCUGCGGCGGUGCCGGCGGCGCCGCUGCGGAGCCGUUUCGGGGCAUCCUAGACGCCAUGUCACCCGUGGCUGUUGGCGCUGCCGUGAGCGGAGGGGACGGGCUGUACGGCGGUGGGAUGGCUCCUGGCGGGGCGCUGGACGUGACGUUCCCGACGCAGGCGCUGGCACCGGGGGCCGCGGCGGCGGUUGCUUCGUCGAUGCUGACUGGGGUGGCGGGACCACCUCAGCUGCAGCUGCAGCAGCACCCCCAACAGCACGUAGCAUGGCUCGGUGUGGCGGCCCCGGCGCUCUUGCGGAGCUACCCGCUGCCCCGGGAGUGCGUUCAGGGUCUGCGGGUGCUCCGGGAUUGUGUCUUGAUGACCUCUGGCAGCAGCAUUGGUGUCAUGGCGCUGCCCGGGGAGGCCGCCGCCGCUGGCGGUGGGGGCGGUGGGCCCAGCUUUGUACGACUGCGCAAUGGCCGCGGCGGUCGGGAGUCUGCAGCGGUCACGGGUUUGGCUGUCCUGCCUUGUAGCCGGUUGCUGGUUGUGGCGGGGGAUGACGGGGCGCUGCCCCAGCUGCAGCAACACCUCGAGGCAGAAGUCGAGCGUGAGCACCUAAGCUACCUGCAGGACUUCGCCAGACCACCCUGCUCCCAUAGCCAUAAAGCCUAUAUCAGGCUGAAGCACCAAGAGUCGGAACCUGUCGAUAUAGGCCUUUUGGCGAGAGGCGUGCGUUUUGACUUGGAGCCACGCCCAGCUAUCUUCCGCAUACGCUACCUAGUAGUAGUGCAGCUGGACCCCGAGCUUGAACAGCUACCUCGGCCAACAAGCUUUGUCACGGCCAGCUCCCAGGGGGCGAACAUUCGAUUGCCGUUAUUUGAAUACGCGGACCUGUGCGCUUCUCCACGCAGCGACAUGAUGGAGUAA